AUGGGUGUGCUACAGUUCUGUGUGAACGUCUCCCCCACCCCUAGCGUGCCCACAAUGGGGGUGCUACAGUUCUGUGUGAACGUCUCCCCCACCCCUAGCGUGCCUACAAUGGGCGUGCUACAGUUCUGUGUGAACGUCUCCCCCACCCCUAGCGUGCCCACAAUGGGGGUGCUACAGUUCUGUGUGAACGUCUCCCCCACCCCUAGCGUGCCCACAAUGGGGGUGCUACAGUUCUGUGUGAACGUCUCCCCCACCCCUAGCGUGCCCACAAUGGGGGUGCUACAGUUCUGUGUGAACGUCUCCCCCACCCCUAGCGUGCCCACAAUGGGUGUGCUACAGUUCUGUGUGAACGUCUCCCCCACCCCUAGCGUGCCCACAAUGGGUGUGCUACAGUUCUGUGUGAACGUCUCCCCCACCCCUAGCGUGCCCACUAUGGGUGUGCUACAGUUCUGUGUGAACGUCUCCCCCACCCCUAGCGUGCCCACAAUGGGGGUGCUACAGUUCUGUGUGAACGUCUCCCCCACCCCUAGCGUGCCCACAAUGGGUUGUCUACAGUUCUGUGUGAACGUCUCCCCCACCCCUAGCGUGCCCACAAUGGGGGUGCUACAGUUCUGUGUGAACGUCUCCCCCACCCCUAGCGUGCCCACAAUGGGGGUGCUACAGUUCUGUGUGAACGUCUCCCCCACCCCUAGCGUGCCCACAAUGGGGGUGCUACAGUUCUGUGUGAACGUCUCCCCCACCCCCAGCGGGGCUGUUCUCGUGUAG